AUGGGCGAUCCGCUCAGUGUAGCGUCCGGACUAAUCGCCGUUGUCACCGCCACACUGCAAUCAAGCAAAAUACUCUAUGAAACUAUUCAAAGCUUCCGAAAUCACCAAACCGCAGUAUUAGAUCUUGUCCGCGAGCUCGAAGGUCUUGAAUCAGUUCUCACUCCGCUACAAGAUCAUGUCCGUUCCGAUGAGACCGCGUUCUUACCGCUCAAAGCUCCCCUUAUCCAGUGUCGACAGGCAUGUCUAGAUUUCCAAAUCCUUAUCGAGCAGAACAGCAGGCGCACUCGAGCAGAGGCAAGAACAAGCUGGAGAGACUGGGCCAAGUUGAUCUACAUGAAUGGCGAUAUUACUUCUUUCAAAGAACUCUUAGCCGGUUAUAAAGGGACGAUAACUAUAGCGCUAGCUGAUGCCAACUUGCGCUCCUCCAAAGUCACCCUUCAAGUUCUGAAUGAUUACAAAAACUUGAUUUGCGACACUAAACUUGAUCUAGAGAAGCAUCUGAAAGACAUCGACUCCAAAUUGCAAGACAUUGUGUCUCAAGGCGCCACGACCGAAGCUGCUGAAGGCCAAGCCAAUCUCCGGAAAUUCGAAAGCGAAAAAGAAAGUACAGAACGGUGCCUUGAGUAUUUGAAACAUCUCCUUGAAGAAAUCAAUGGGAUGAGUUUUCAACCCGUUUCUACUGGGUCUGCCUCAAAUACUACUGUCAUAUCUGUCUCAGCAGGCAACAUGACACUUGCUGAUUCCCUCACUAUUUCCACGCUCAAGACAUGCAGCUACAACCUCUCAGACACCAUCGACCGCCUCGAAUCGCACCGUGAUAAUACCGAAGAGAAUCUCCGACGUAGGUCCUCGGUUCCAGAUUCGAAUCACAAAAUCGAUCCUGGUGCCAACCGCGAGACACUUCGAAAUGAGUUGGAAAGCACAAAACAGUGCUUGAGUAUAUCAGCAUCGGGAACGAUGGAAAACAAAUAUGCGUGUCUACACUAG